AUGGCGAAGACUGGCGUGUCUCUGCCAAUUAGCAGCUAUCGUGGUCCAGAUGUGAACCUUCCGUGGAUGGUGCCAAACCUUCCGGUCGACUUGCAGCUGGAAGACGUGGCUUCAAGACUGUAUCAAGCUCAAGAGGAGCGUAAAGCAGUUGAGGAGCAAGUGGGUUCAGGCAAGUACCCACUGAGCAUUGCCAGGCCAAAGAGAAGUUCUGGUGCAAGCUCGUCUCUCAUUGCUGGUAAUGCACAAAGACUUCUCAGGGUACAACAGGAUCCCAGGCUCUUGGAGAUGCAGGAAGCGCUUUCCUCAGAUCCUAUCUCCGGGUAUCCAAGCGAAACCAAAGCUGUUUGGCUGGUACACUUUCGUCAGGGACUUCGAAAGCUUAUUGACUCCGUGGCUAUGAGCCCCAAUCCUGAUGCGGCCGAAAGGCAACUGGAUGAAGCAUACAGAUGGUACCAGAAGGCAAGAAGACCCGCACACCACGCACUGACUUCCUGCACCGCAGGACCAGGCUUCCACGAUUUCUGUGCCGAAGAGGUGCUGCGGCACCCAGCUCCCCCAGGUUCCGCAUUCUUCGUGCCAGAGGCCCUUGAUAGGGAGCGUCCCGGCCGGUCUUCCUCGCAUGACAGCACCAAGUUCGAGGCACUUUCGGCCUCGCUUCCGACAGUUGCUGGUCGCCACGCUGUCCAGGUGAAGCUGGCUUCGCCGAGGGAGCGUCUCAAGGAAUUCAACACCAGACAGCUCGUUCGACCGCUUACAGCGCGAAAACUAAAGGACUUGGAGCAUCGCGCAGAGGGGGAUCUGGAACGGCCGCUCACUCCAUCCACAACUUGCGGAGGCCUCACCGCACGGUCAAUGGUCUCGGCCAGAUCACCGACGCCUGCACAUGCUGCAGCCUCGCGGCCAACAUCUGCCAUGAGCAUUGGUCAAACUACCACAAGUCGAGCGGUGACACCACGCAGCUUCGACAGGCGGCGCAGGCCACAGUCUGCGGCGUCCAACACGUCUACAGUAGCUGGGCUACCCCAAACACUUGAGGAGGAGAUCGCGCUUCAGCUCGACGAUGAGUGUCAUGCGCUGCCAUAUCCAGCAACCGAAGCCGAGCACAGGAUGGAAAAGCGCUGGCUUUCAAAGCGGAACCGUGCUGUCACAGACAAGGUCGUCGGGGAAGAGCAGCGCACUGCCGGUCGUGACUGGGCAGAGCGCCGUGCACGCGCGGAAGAAGAAAUAUCGAGGAACGCAGAGGCCAGUCGUUUUCAAUGCGCACUUGACCGACGACGGUACUGCAAGCCAGCAGAUGCGCUUGAGGACAUCGAUGCCACCGUCGCUGACGACGAGGUGGAAGGACACGUUGUGCAACGAGUUGCAAGUCAACACAGGAGGCCGAGCGAGCCAGUACGGGUGGAUGUCUCCCAACCCAAGGGCUACUCCUUUCAGGUUGCGGCUCGUUUCGUUGAAAAUGAGAAGAAGCCGAAGGCCUUGAACUCGAGGAUUGCCCACCUCCGGCGGAUCCAUGCGCACUUGAUCGAGGAGCGGCCCAAGUCCGAUGAAGAGAACGAGGACGAAGGUGAGGCCGAGGAUGAGGAACCGCGUGCACAAAACGCGACACCAGUCAUGCUCAGUCCUUAUGCUGCCCAAGAUGACGACCGUGCAGCUGUUCCUCGAAUGGAGGACGACUCAGAUGUCUUGGUGGGUAUCUGCGACUGGUGGGGGACUUUGCAUCCGCCGAUCAUUCCUCCGCCUGACGGGACCGGCGUGACAUUGGACGAGAUACGCUUCCAGCAGCUGCAAGAAGUGGAGGAAAUCAAGCGGGUUUGCGCCCGAAGGAGCUAUCCUGUGAAUGUUGGAGUCCUGGAAAGAGCCCUGGUCAUGCCCGCGCACAAGCUCAAUGCCUGCUGCCAAGACAGCUACAAAGUCAGCCACUGGAAGCAGUACCCUCCUGGAACACAGUACGUUUACAGUUAUUUCGAAAGUCGCGGUUGUGAGAAUGACGAAUGGAAAGAAGUGGUCUUUUUCGGCCUUCAGUAUUUCAUCAAGCGGUACUUGCUUGGCCAGGUCGUGACCAAGGAGAAGAUCGACGAGGCUGCAGAGCUCUACGAACAGCACUUCGGAGAUGACAAAUCUCUGUUCUACCGUGAGGGAUGGGAGUACAUCUUGAAGGAGCAUGGCGGAAGGCUGCCUGUUCACAUCAAGGCCGUCCCCGAAGGCAUGGUUAUCCCCACAAAGACUGCUUUGUUCACCCUUGUCAACACU